AUGGCUAGUAUGCUGUCCUUUGCAUCAGGCUCGACGUCCAAGUCGAGACCCACGGCCACCGCCAAAACCACAGUCGCCCUCCAGGCGCUACCUGUUCAAGACAUCGAGACAGACCAGGACCGCCGUGGCCGAUCCCUCAAGCAUCUGCUCAAGGCCAAUCACGUCAACUACGCCGUGGUCGACAAGACUUUGCAGCUAAACAAUGUGAACACUCACAAUCUGAGCGCGGCAUACAUUCUGGGCGCCAACGAAACCCAUCUGGACACCAUCUAUAACGAGCAGAUCAAGCACCUGGACCCAUGGACACCCUCCCCCGCCGAGGUUAUAGAUGAGGAUUGGAGAGACUUUUUGGGCGACCGCAACUACCAGCGUGCGUUCGUCGACUUUUUCGAAGACAAGCUUGCCUUUCAGUUUGCCUACGAUUGGAAGCAGGAAAUGAAGCACGUUUUGAUCGACGGUGAUGAGCCACUAAUAAACUGUCUCAUCGGUGCCUUUGGCCAUCCUCUCAAUCACCUGGCACUGGCCUAUGAAAUCAACAGCAGAGCCCUCGCCAUGGAAGCCCUGAGUCUUACUUGCAUUCACUACAAUGAAUUGCACAAGUAUCUCGAUGACCCCAAGUAUACCAAGCGCUCAGCGUUACCAGCUCUGUCCCUCCAGGAGCUUAUCUCGAGACUCGCACAAGACGAAAGUCUCCAAGGUACUGCGGCGCAAGAACGGCACGACAGUCUGGAGACCCUCUUUUCUCAGCACGAAGAUCUAAUCCUCGAGUACUGGAAUGCCUGGCAGAUUGUCGAUGCGGCCAAGCAGUUCCAGGACUUGCAGCAAACUGCCGUUGCCCUAUUUACGUCGUCGACGAGCAACUGUUCGAGCUAUCAAAGAAGCAGCAUCAACAUGGGGUGA